UCAUUUACCCUAUAACUAAUAAAUCAUUUGCAGUGGAAAAUAUUUGGAAAAUAUUGCAGCCGAGGAACUUAAAGAAAAAUAUUAUAAUAAUUGUAAAUAAAUAAUUAUUACUGUCUCCUGACCUCCUCCCCUCUGGCAACAUUUAAAUGCUCAUUUCCCUGACACUUCGCAAAACUUGCUACCAAGCAACCAUCUCUCUCCCUCCGUCAAAAUCUACCGCCAAAUCCCCAAAAAGGGCCGACGCCACCGCCCACGGAAGAAACCACUGCUACCGGCGGCGUCAGCGGCGACUCAAAUGCGAACUAAUCGGCCAUAGAGAGAAUUAAUUUUGAAGUAGAAAAACGAUGUCUCCGCAGAGACGAUCCUCGCCGACCUCAGCACCUCCGGUGGCGAGUCCCGGCAGCAGCGAUCUCAAGCAACGAGUCAUAGCCUGCCUGAACAAGCUCUCCGACCGCGACACCCUCGCCGUCGCCACGGCCGAGCUCGAGUCGAUCGCUCGGAGCUUGACUCACGACUCGUUCUCUCCGUUCCUCAACUGUAUCCACAACACCGAUUCCUCCUCCAAAUCUCCCGUCCGAAGGCAAUGCGUCGGCCUGUUAACUCUCCUCUCCCACUCCCACGGGAACUCGCUGUCUCCUCACCUCUCCAAGAUGGUGUCCACCGUCGUCCGCCGCCUCCGGGACCCGGACUCAGCCGUCCGGUCGGCCUGCGUCGAGGCCGCCGCCGCCAUGUCGUCUCAGAUCACGCAGCCUCCCUUUGCCGCCGUCUCGAAGCCGCUGAUAGAGAUGCUGACGGUGGAGCAAGAUCCGAACUCUCAGAUCGGAGCCGCGAUGUGCCUGGCGGCGGCGAUCGAGGCGGCGCCGGAGCCGGGAGUUGAGCAGCUGAGGAAGGUGCUGCCGAGGCUUGGCAAGCUGGUGAAGGGAGAAGGAUUCAAGGCGAAAGCCGCGUUGUUGAGCGUGAUUGGGAAUAUUGUGGGCGUUGGAGGCGCAGCGAGCAAGAGCGUUUUGGAUUGGUUGGUUCCCUGCUUGGUUGACCUAUUGAGCUCUGAAGAUUGGGCGGCCAGGAAGGCUGCUGCCGAGGCAUUGGGGAAGAUAGCGGUUGCGGAGAAAGAAACAGCCAAGGAUCAUAGAACUUCGUGUUUGAGCUCUUUGGAGAACAGGAGGUUUGAUAAGGUGAAGCUUGUUCGAGAGACUAUGAACCGUGCCCUGGAGUUGUGGAAGGAGGUAGAUGGUGGUUCUGACCUAGAGAUUUCACUUUCAAGUCUCUCUAGAUCUUCUUCAGGAGGAGAUAAUGGUAAUGGCGGAUGCAUCAGAAGUUCUACCAACGUUGGCUAUAAAACACCCUCUCCUUCAUCAAGGAAGUCUUUCCCACCGCCCAAUAGGUCCCCUCCAUCGGAUGCUUCUUCGGUGGUGACCACAGCCAAGAAGCAAAGCCCUGUGAAGAGUAAUGACAGCAAUUCAAGGCCGGCAAUGCUUCAGAAGGUGGACCACAUGAGGCCUUCUUCCAAUUGGAAAACUGAAGUUGCUGUACCAGCACUAGAUAAGGCCAGUGAGGAUGACAUCAAGUUACAAGAACCAAAGGUCCUGAAAUCGGCUGAUGAAGUGAGAAAUGGGGGCUCGAGCCCAGAAACAAAGCGGGUGCUCUUCAGCAGCAGCAGCAACUGCGUUGGUCAUCACAAACUUCACAAAUUUGGUGGGUUCGGAUCUGGGUCGAGGGUGGUUCCUUAUGACUACGAUGAGGAAGGUGAUGAUGAAAUGUGUUACGCAGCCAAAGGAGGAGCCGGGUUGAACAAUCCUGCUGAAGAUAUGUAUGAGAAUCCCAAAGAGAUGGAGGAUCUGUCCUUGAUACGUCAACAACUUGUUCAGAUUGAAACCCAGCAAUCCAAUCUUUUGGACCUUCUCCAGAGUUUCAUGGGGAGCUCCCAGAGUGGGAUAAACUCUUUGGAGACGAGAGUGCAUGGUCUGGAAAUGGCAUUGAAUGAAAUAUCACAGGACUUGGCUGUAUCAAGAGGAAGGAUACCUGAAACCAGCCCGGCCGAUAAUAAGGCAUGCUGCAAGCUCCCUGGGACAGAAUUUUUUAGUUCGAAGUUAUGGAGAAGAACGGAUGGCGGCGGUCAGUACUCUGCACCUUCAAGGUUCCCUUCGUCGGGCAUCACGCAGUCGCGAAACAGCCUGUGGACUGGCGGGCCUUAUCUCCCUGAGGGCAGAAGAUUUCAGCAGAGACAUAGUAGCAGUAGCAGCAGCAGCAGCAGCAAAGGUGGUUUUGUUUUGGAAGACGUUCAUAGUACUGGCAGGGGCAACUUUGCAGGCCUUUCUCCAAGACAAGUGUCCAGUAAACUAUUUCAAGAUGAAGCGAGUAAUCAAAGAGCAGGUCUCUGAAACACAUCUCAUCCAGGAGGUAAGCGAAAAAUCUCUCGCUCCAUAUCCGAUGCUUCUGUUGAUCAUUAGAUAAGCUUGAACAAGAUGCUAGACAAGAUGGACCGAUCACGGGAACCUAUUAGUUAAAAAAACAGAAGGUGGAUUGGAUCUGUACAGAGAGACGAAACUGAAGUUAUCAGCAAUAUCGCCCUUGUUUCUUCCCCUCCGCAAUGCCUCGAAUGAAACCUCGUCAUUUUUUGUAGACAGCAGGUGGUGGGAAUUAGGCUGGCAGUGCAGCCAAAAGGGCUUUAGGAAGUUAACA